CGCACCGCCCGGGCCGGCGCCGAGCGCGGGGAAGCUGGCGGGCUAAGGCGCCCCGCUCCUCUGCUCUUCCCCUCCUCCCGGCUCCGCGAGGCCGCACGUCGCCGCCCGCGAGAUGAUGCAGGACGUGUCCAGCUCGCCCGUCUCGCCGGCCGACGACAGCCUGAGCAACAGCGAGGAGGAGCCGGACCGGCAGCAGCCGGCGAGCGGCAAGCGCGGGGCUCGCAAGCGGCGCAGCAGUCGGCGCAGCGCGGGCGGCAGCGCGGGGCCCGGCGGGGCCGCGGGCGGGGGCGUCGGAGGCGGCGACGAGCCGGGCAGCCCGGCCCAGGGCAAGCGCGGCAAGAAAUCUGCGGGCGGCGGCGGCGGCGGCGCGGGCGGCGGCGGCGGCGGCGGCAGCAGCAGCGGGGGCGGGAGCCCGCAGUCGUACGAGGAGCUGCAGACGCAGCGGGUCAUGGCCAACGUGCGGGAGCGCCAGCGCACGCAGUCGCUGAACGAGGCGUUCGCCGCGCUGCGCAAGAUCAUCCCCACGCUGCCCUCGGACAAGCUGAGCAAGAUUCAGACCCUCAAACUGGCGGCCAGGUACAUCGACUUCCUGUACCAGGUCCUGCAGAGCGACGAGCUGGACUCCAAGAUGGCAAGCUGCAGCUAUGUAGCCCACGAGCGGCUCAGCUACGCCUUCUCGGUCUGGAGGAUGGAGGGGGCCUGGUCCAUGUCUGCAUCCCACUAGCAGGCGGAGCUCCCCACCCCCUCGGCAGGCCGGAGACCUAGAUGUCAUUGUUUCCAGAGAAGGAGAAAAUGGACAGUCUAGAGAACUCUGGAGCUGGAUAACUAAAAAUAAAUCUAUAUGACAGAGAUUUUCUUGGAAAUUAGAAGAGCAGAGCCCAGAUUCAAAAGAAUCAGGGCGUGGGGCACACUUUUAAAAGAGAAAGCCAGACAGGCCGGUGGACCGAGAUUCCCAGAGGCAGCGGCACCAGCCUCACACCUCUGCAUUCUGAUAGAAGUCUGAACCGUUGUUUGUGCCCCCCCCCCCCACCUUUUGACGAAGAAUGUUUUAUUUUUUUCAUGCAUGCAUUCUCAAGAGGUCGUGCCAAUCAGCCACUGAGAGGAAAGGCAUCAUUGUGGACUUUCUCCAUUUUAAAAUGGUAACAAUCAGAGGAAUUUUAACAACACCUUUAGAAAUAAAAACGCUGGGAUCAAACUGGCCUACAAAACCAUAGUCAGUGAAUUCCUUAAAAAAAAAUUACUUCCUCUGAGGGAAAAGAAAAACAUAAAAUACAAAAGACAACAUUCUAUUUAUUUAUUGAUGACCCAUGGUAAAAUGCAAAUAGAUCCGGUGUCUAAAUGCAUUCAUAUUUUUAUGACUGUUUUGUAAAUAUCUUUUGUAUAUUAUUUUUCUGCAAUAAAUAAAUAUGAUUGAAAAAUUUUAAGAA